AUGGAGUGGUCAGAGAAAAAUGAAGUUUUAAGAUGCAAUCCAGUCACAGUGGCUAGAAUGUUUGAACACAGGUUUCAAAUAUUUCAUAAGGAGGUCAUUCUUUCCCCAGCAAAGCCAAUAGGAAAAGUAAUAGACUUUUUCCAAAGAGUUGAGUUUCAGCAGAGGGGAUCCCCACAUAUGCAUUGUUUAUAUUGGGUUGAAAAUGCACCUAAUAUUGAUUCUGAUGGAGAAGAAGCUGUGUGCGACUUCAUUGACAGAUAUGUGACAUGUUCUGUUCCUGCAGAUAGUGAUGACCCAGAAUUGAGAAAAAGUGUCUUAGAGGUACAACAGCACAGCAAGAAACAUUCAAAGUCUUGUAAAAAGAAAGGCACAGAGUGUAGGUUUAAUUUCCCAAGGCCCCCUUCUCAAAAGACUUUCAUUACAAGUGCAAAUGAAGAAGAAAACGCAGAGGAGUGGGAAAAAGAGACAAAUGUAAACAAAGCUUUUGCAAAGGAGAUAUUACUUAGUGUUUGGGAUAAGAUACAGAAUGAUGGUGAAAGAAUUCAAACAACACAAGAAUUGUUUGAUGAUCUAUCACUUACACAGGAGCUGUACGAAGAUGCCUACAACAUGUUAUCUACAAAGAGAUCAGUUGUACUCGAACGCUGCCCGAAUGAGGUAUGGACGAAUCAAUACAACAGAUGUCUGUUGAAGUCCUGGGAUGCUAAUAUGGACAUACAGUUUGUGCUGGAUCCUUUCAGUUGUAUUGUUUAUAUAAUUUCCUAUAUAUCAAAGUCAGAAAGGGAAAUGGGUAUGUUACUCAAACAAACAAAGUUGGAGGCUGAGGAGGGAAAUCACGAUGCCAGACAAACGAUGAAGAAAAUUGGUUCAGCAUACUUGCAUCACAGAGAAGUAAGCGCACAAGAAGCUGUGUACAGAGUAUGUAACUUGAAGAUGAAAGAAUGCUCUAGGAAAGUGUUGUUUGUGCCUGUAGGUGACAACCCGGUGCGCUUAAGUAAGCCACUAUCAGUGCUUAAGAAGAAAGCAUCAAAGGAUGAAGAGAUAAGUGUUGAGGAAGAAGAUGAGGAGGAUGAAGUUUGGAUGACAAACAUUAUUGAACGUUACAUGAACCGACCAGAUAAAGCAAUAUUUCAUGAAAUGUGCCUCGCGGAAUUUUGUUCAGAAUUUAGAGUGCUUGCUAAAUCACAAGUUCCGAAGAAGGAAAAUGAAAAUGUUUUUGAAUUACAGAAUGGAAAGGGUUUUGUGCAACGAAGAACAAGAACACAGCCUGCUGUUGUUAGGUAUCCCAGGUUUAAUGUUGAGAAAAUGUCAGAAAAAUAUCAUCAGUCUCUCUUGCAACUUUUUCUACCCUAUUGGACAGAGGCACAGUUGAAACCACCAGGGUUUGAGUUAUAUGAGGAUUUUUAUGAGACUGGUUAUGUGAAAAUUCUGGGGAGAAAAAAGAAGGAAUCAGUGAAGUCAAUAGUGGAUUUCAAUCAUUCACUUUAUGCAAAGAAUGAAGAUGUUAUUGACAAUGCUCAGGAGGCAUAUGAGAUGAUAGGUGAACCAGAGGAUGCAUGGUCACGAAUUUGUCCAGAAACAGAGGUUCUUCGAAGGGAGGGUAUAGCACAGAGAAAGGAAACUACAGUGCCACAGGAGGAAAACAUAAAUAUCAUACCGGAUAUCGAAAGCGAGACACAUAAUGCAGAUGUCAUGUAUCAUGUUCACCAAAAUGCAGCUUCAAGAGAGGAAAUGCAAUCUGUUCUUCAAACAUUGAAUGAAACACAGAGUGAAAUUUUUUACUUGGUGCGCGACUGGUGUUUAGGAAAGAUUGCAGGAGAAAAACCUGAACCACUACAUUUAUUUAUUACUGGAGGUGCAGGAACUGGUAAAAGCCAUCUCAUAAAAGCCAUUCAUUAUGAAGCAUCACGUUUGCUUUCACGAAUAAUGACUGAACCAGAUAGUGUAUCAGUGCUUCUCGCAGCAUUCACGGGAACAGCGGCUUUCAACAUAGGCGGAAAUACACUUCAUCACCUAUUUUCAUUAACAAAGUAUCUUCCCCUUCCUUAUGAACCACUUGGAGAACAAAGUCUCAGUGAGUUGAGAGUUAGGAUAGGAGAUCUUCAGAUCCUAAUCAUUGAUGAGAUAUCAAUGGUAUACAAAAGGCUUCUCUACUACAUACAUGAAAGGCUGGUGCAGAUUAAGAAGUGCAAAGAGCCAUUUGGAGGGGUUUGUGUUAUUGCUGUUGGGGACUUUUACCAGCUUCCUCCUGUUAAGCAGCGAAAAGACGAGAGACUUUACAAAGAAAAUAUGAGUUAUCCAAUGGACUUCUGGCUUGAGUUAUUUAAAGUCAUUGAAUUGAAAGGGAUAAUGAGACAAAAAGAAGACUUGUCGUUUGCUGAGGUUCUUAAUUCCCUUCGUGUAAGAGAGAGAGAUCAACCGUUAACACAUCAGCAAUGUGCUAUGUUGGAAGAUUGUAUCAGAGAAGGUCCAGAAGAUGUUCUUCAUGUUUUUUCUACCAAUGAAGAGGUUAACGCAUUCAAUUUGUCAAUGCUAAAGAAAUCUUGUGAAGAUUUACUGGAAAUUGAGGCCCAAGAUUACAAAAAGGACAAAACAUCGGGGAAACUGAUACCAAAAAACAAACCUGUGACAAAAUCUAAAAGUGAUGGCCUCCCAAGUUCGCUCUUAUUGUCUGUCCAUGCAAGGGUUAUGCUCACAAGAAAUUGUAAUGUGGAGGAUGGACUUGUUAAUGGAGUAAUGGGGCACAUCUGUCAGUUUUCAAUGGUUGAAAACAGUGAUAGAGUUGUUAAAGCUAUAGGAGUAAUUUUUGAUAAUAAGGAAGUUGGGAAGAAGUCCGGACAGAAGACAAUGGAUGGAAACCUAGUGUUCAUAGAAAGAGUACAAGAAGAGAUGAAGGAAAAGGCCAGUACGGUGGUAAGACACCAAUUUCCAGUUAGGUUGUCUUGGGCAUGUACGGCUCAUAAAGUGCAAGGGAUGACAACUGAGAAAGCUGUAGUGAAUUUAGAUAAAGUUUUUGCUCCACGCAACUAG